AUGGUUUUUCCAAUUUUAUGGCAUCGACUUAUUCUUUUGAUUAUAUGUAUUAAUAUUGUAAAUGGUACAGAUAAUUCAUUACACCCAAAUAUGUAUUUAAAGAACAAUAAAAUUGAGUGUCAUGUUGGAUGUUCUUCAUCUUGUAUAGCUAAUUACACAUGUCCAUCAUGUGGGAUAGGGUAUGACCAAGACUAUUCUUGUGACCAUUGUCAAUUAAUUAAUACAUACAAACCAUUUAGUUCAGAUAAUCCUUUGUAUGUUAUGCAACAUGAUAUUUGUACGAGUAUAUCUCAUUAUAUAGUAAAAUCAACAUGGUUACCCGAUAACAGAAAUUCUAUUCAUAUUAAUGAGCCAAUAGAAUUAAUAUUUAAUUCAGAAACGUAUUAUGAUUAUGGACCAUGUAUUACUAGAAAAGAAAAACAAAACAGAUACAGAAUUGGACAUUGGCUUGAAUUAAAUCUUUUAGAAUUUCCUGAUUCAGUUAAUUAUAUGCAAGUACAAUUAAAAUAUAAAACAACAAAACAAGGUAAAAGAGUUAAUGUUUAUUAUGAUAUUUCAGAUAGUGAACCAUCUACAAGUAAUCCAUAUUGUUAUGCACGUGGAUUUCUUAUUUCAACUAAUGAAAGUACUUCACUUCAAGUUCCAAUUCAUUUUGAUCGUAUGGAUUCUUCUAAAAGUAAUAAAUAUUUUAUUUAUAUUUAUGAAGAAGAAUAUGCAGAAUUAACUGUUGAAAUAUUAAUUACAGAACAAAUUGGUAAAAUAGGUAAUCCUUUUUUUACAAUUGACCAAAAAAUGGCUGAUGAAAUGAUUACUACGGGUCAAAGUAAAACAGUUAUUUUUCCUAUGUCAUCUGAAGGAAGACAAGCUUAUCCUGCAUGUUUACCUGGAACUAUUAUGAGAGUAAUUAGAUUUUCUAUUUGGUAUCAAGGGGAUUUUUCAAUAGUUGUUAGUACUAAACACGAAAAUCGAAUAAGAUAUAUGCAAGAAUUUAAAAAAACAUUAAAUGGAACAAAUGAAUGUGUUCAAUUUUGGAAUGGUCAAAGUCAUGGAGUAUUAUAUGAUUCUGGAACAAAUGAUGGUGUAUUAGUAAGAAUAGAUGGAAAUGAAAAUGGUAAUGAAGAAAGAUUAUUUAGUUUUAUUUCUAAUGAACAAGAAUUAGAUAUUUCAGCAACAUUCACUGCUAUUUGUCCAAAUAAUUGUAAUGAAAAGUUUGGGUAUGGAAAAUGUUCUACAAUUGAUAUGAAAUGUAAAUGUAAUGAUAAAUAUGGAGGGGAUGAUUGUCAUUUCCUUUGUUAUUAUGAUGGAAAAUUUACUAAUGGUUCAGGAGAAGGACAAUGUCACUAUGGAGAACCUGGAUGUAAUUCAUAUUGUCAAUGUGAACCAGGAUAUACAUUAAAUGGAUAUUAUUGUGUUAGUGAUAGUUGUAAAAAUAACAAUAGAAAUGAUAUAACUAUUGAAUGUGUUCAAGGAGAUGAAGGAUGUAGAGCUGAUUGUAUAUGUGAAAGUUCAUCAUUUAAAUUCUCACCAACUCUUAAACAAUGUGUUCCAAUAGUUUGUGGAAAUAAUCAAAUUGAUGAUAUUAAUUUAAAUGGAAUUUUUUUGAGAAAAGAAGAAUGUGAUGGUGGAAUUAAUUGUGAUGAAACUUGUCAUUGUCUUCCUGGUUAUAUUCAAGACGAAUCAAAUCCAUUGCGUUGUAUUGAAGAUUCUAAUUCAAUUUCAAUGAUUAUUGGAAUAACAAUUAUUGCAAUUAUUAUUUUUGUGAUAUUAUUGUGUUGUGGUGGAAUUCUUCUUUAUUUUUUACUUAGAAGAACUAAAUUUGAUAUUAAUAUUUAUUUACAACAACAACCAAAUUAUUAUUUAUAUUUAAGUGGUUCAAAGAAAAAACCACCAACAAUAGAAAACAAAUAUGUUAUUGAGCCAUUAUCUUUAGACUUUGGUAAUGAAAAUACAUUAACUGCUGUAUUAGAUACUAGAUUUGAGAAGAUUGAUAUUAGAAAUAAAAGUGGAAAUAAAUACAUGAUGGUUAUUUUUCACACUCCAAACAAUCCUAAAUUUGUAUUUCAUUUUGAACCUCAAGUUGUAUUACUUCGUCCAAGAGGAUUUAAAACAAUAACAUGUUUUAUGACAUUAUUCUGUACAACUAAAAUCAAAGAUAUGAAAAUCCCAUAUUCUAUUUGGUUUA